AUGAUCGAGAUCGAAGAGCCUGAUUUUAGGCAAAGUGACAACCAAGUCUUUAAGGAUCUCUUUGGAGGGACUAUGGGUGGAAUCGCCCAGGUCUUGGUAGGUCAACCGUUUGACACUGUUAAAGUUAGAUUGCAGUCAGCGCCUGAAGGAACAUAUAACGGAGCCGUGGAUGUGAUUAAGAAACUCAUGGCCAAAGAAGGGCUUGGUGGAUUUUACAAGGGUACGUUGACACCGUUGAUCGGGGUCGGAGCUUGUGUUUCUGUUCAGUUUUCUGUAAAUGAGUUCAUGAAGAGAUACUACGAAGAAAAAUUGCAAGGUCAGCCCUUGUCUCUCCUUCAGUUCUUCAAUUGUGGUGCAGUUGCUGGGUUUGCAAAUGGAUUUUUAACAUCUCCGAUCGAACAUAUUCGUAUUAGAUUGCAAACACAAACCACCAAAUCUUUUUCCGGUCCUAUAGAUUGCUUCAAGAAGAUUUACAGCGUGGGCGGCCUUGCCUCUGGAAUUUACAAAGGAUUGGCCCCAACCUUGUUCAGAGAGAGUGUUGGCUUGGGUAUCUAUUUUGCGACAUAUGAAGCAUUGAUUUCUAGGGAACUAGGAAACAAGAUCUAUGCCACUAGGACAGAUAUCCCUGGCUGGAAACUUUGCAUGUUCGGAGGAUUGUCUGGCUACACCCUUUGGUUGUCUAUUUAUCCGGUUGAUGUGAUCAAGUCCAAAUUGCAAACGGACUCAUUGAACAAGCCUACUUAUAAAGGGUCUGUGGACGUUAUUAGAGAUAUCUCCACCAAGGUGGGUGUCAGAGGAUUUUACAAGGGAUUUGUUCCAACAAUAUUGAGAGCUGCACCAGCCAAUGGUGCGACGUUCGCUGUGUUUGAGUUGAUGAUGAGACUUCUCAAUUAA